AAUCAUGGAUUCAUUUCCAAGUUGACCGACCAUCAGCACCACUAGGCAACCUCGCGUCUUCGGCGGUGAUUGGUAUUGCAUACUCAAAACAGGCCGCUUGUGGACGAUGACAAAAGUCUCAUGAGAUGGCAACCGUUGAUGUGCGGUCAACCUCUGUGGGUGGGCAGUCAGAUGCUGACGGGAAAGACUCCAGAUGACCCGGAGAUCCAGCUCCUGAGCCUAGCACUCAUAAAGCAUGGAAUGCGGGCAUGUGUGCGCUCGAAUCCGGGUUAUGGCCAGAGUUGGCGCCUCGGUGUCAAGUGUUCUUUCUCCCAUCCUUCUGUCUUCGCCGGGCCGCAUGAAGCACAAACAUGCUCAGACCCACGAUGAAGUCAGUGCGGAACCUGAGCUCAGCUACAAUGUCAUGGGAACCGGUUCGCUCAAGUUGCUCGAGUGAGAAAUACUUGGGUGCAAGUGCAUCCUGCCAACUUGUCCUCGAAGGCAUCAGCUUUCACAACCUGCACUUGCGAACUGGCUCCAGAAGUAAGAA